AUGGGAUUAAAUUCUUCCCGUUGGUGUAUUCCCGAAUGCACUUGCCUUGGUACUCAUGUAGAUUGCAGUUUUCGCGACCUUUCGUCUGUUCCUCAAAAUCUGCCGCCAUGGACAGUAACUCUAGAUCUUAGCGAUAAUCAAAUCGAAUUUUUUUCACGUCUUGUUUUUUCGAAGCUUCAGAAUCUUGAAAACUUGAUAUUGAAGCGAAAUAAAUUGUCAUCUGUGCCACUUGGGAUAGAAUUCUUUAGAAAUUUGAAAAAAUUGGAUUUAAAACUAAAUAGAAUCAAUGUUAUAUCUUCAAUUGAUGCUAAUAGAAUAGCGAAAAUCGAAUGGGUCGAUUUGGCUCGAAAUAUGAUUCGGAAUUAUCCGAAAACUACAAUUAUUAAUCACGAUGAUUGUAAAAUAAUCAAAUUGGAUUUGAAUAAUAAUGUGAUAACGAAUUUGUCAGCAGAUACUUUUUCUGCUUUACAUUCUUUGAAAAGCCUACGGCUAUCUCGUAACAGAAUAGAGUCCAUCGAGAAAGAUGCCUUCAGAGGACUUGGCGAUCUCCAGUCACUGAGAAAUAUUGGUGAACUUUGCAGAGACCUUAGCAGAAAUCGACUAUCGGCUAUUCGAGCUUUGACUUUUCCUUCACUAAUUUCGUUAAAAAAUUUAUCGCUUUAUCGCAAUUCUCUCUCUAUGUUGGAAGAUGGAGCAUUUUGGGGUUUAGAAGAAUUACAACGUCUUAAUUUGGGCCAUAAUCGCUUGAAAAUUAUUACGAGUGGUUGGUUGUAUGGAUUAAAUUCCUUGCUUGCUCUGGAUUUGAGCGCAAAUGAGAUUACCUGGAUGGAGCCGACAGCUUGGUCUUCGUCUUUCUCAUUAGAAUGGUUGUCAUUGGCUUCAAAUGGUCUUCGCUCGAUUCCUUCAAUGAUAUUUCGGAAAUUUUCACGUCUUCAAUUUCUUUCAUUGGCACAUAAUCAUAUUGAUGUGCUUCAUAACGAUGCUAUGAUGGGGUUGGACUCACUUAAUUUUCUGUAA